AUGACAGCCAGUGACAGGUUUACAGCUUUUCACACUCUCCCCAAAGAGGUGCCCCCUCCUCCUCCCAUGGCUACUACAGAGAGCUGUAGCUUCCACUGGAAAUUAGGAUUGUUUGAUAUUAAGUGCAUGACCACUGAUCACUACACAGGAGGCAUGAAACAGCAUUACAGAGUUAAAUCAUGUGGUUGGCAGAGGCCUACGUUUGAGAUCCCGUGCACAAAAACAUAUUACAUUGCAGCAGAAGAAGUAGAAUGGGAUUAUUCUCCAAAUCGUACCUGGGAACAUGAGAUGUACAUGAUGGAAGAUGUGAGCCCUGGGGAUGUAUUUUUAAACAAAGGUGAAAAAUUUAUUGGCUCAAAAUAUAAAAAAGCAGUGUACCAAGAAUAUACAGACAAAACAUUUACAAAACGGAAAGAAAAGAAAGAGCACAUGGGAAUUCUGGGUCCACUUAUAAUGGCAAAUGUUGGAGAUAAAAUAAAAAUAAUUUUUAAUAACAAGGCAAGCAGACCUUAUUCAAUCUAUGCACAUGGAGUAAAAACUGAUUCUGUCUCAGUAAUGCCAACUAAACCAGGAGACACACAAGCCUAUAUUUGGAAGGUGCCUGAAAGGUCUGGGCCAGCGAUGAAUGGAGAUCCAGACUGCUUAACCUGGGCAUACUACUCAAAAGUGGAUCAAGUGAAGGAUACUUACAGUGGAUUAAUUGGUCCUCUUGUGAUCUGUAAAAGAUUAUUGUUUGGACUUCAAGAACCCAAAACACGGUUCUCUCUCCUUUUUAUGGUUUUUGAUGAAAAUAAAUCCUGGUAUCUGGACGACAAUAUCCAAACAUAUUCUUUGCACCCAGAAGAUGUAAACAAAGAGGAUGAAGAAUUUCUUGAGAGCAAUAAAAUGCAUGGUAUUAAUGGAAAAAUGUAUGGAAACUUACUCGGUCUCACUAUGCAAGUUGGAGAAAAAGUGAGAUGGCACCUCAUUGGAAUGGGCAAUGAAGUAGAUAUACAUACAGUGCACUUUCAUGCACAUAGUUUUCAAUAUCAGGCUUUCCGCAAGAAUGUGGGCAGUGUCUGUGGGAAUUUUGCCCAUUUAGCCAAAAGAGGUCAGGCACUGAUGUUGGACAAGAAAGAGCAAACUCAAGCUGAAACAGGAAAAGGCCUUCCUCAAACUGUUGCCACAAAAAUAGAAGCACCCAAUUGUCUGAAAUAUCUUUUUCUUCUGUAG